CUGAGCCCCGCGGGAGGACCUGAGGGCGGCCGUCGGCCCGGCGGCGCCUGGAAUGCGGCUGGGGAGCGAGGAUGGGCACGCAGGGCAGCCCGGUGAAAAGCUACGAUUACCUCCUCAAGUUCCUGCUGGUGGGAGACAGCGACGUGGGCAAAGGGGAGAUCCUGGAGAGCCUCCAGGACGGCGCGUCCGAGUCCCCGUACGCCUACAGCAACGGAAUUGACUACAAGACUACUACCAUCCUGCUGGACGGCAGAAGGGUCAAGCUGGAGCUCUGGGACACGUCGGGGCAAGGCAGAUUUUGCACCAUUUUCAGGUCGUACUCCAGAGGAGCCCAGGGAAUUCUCCUGGUGUAUGACAUCACCAACCGCUGGUCCUUUGAUGGUAUAGAUCGAUGGAUAAAGGAAAUAGAUGAGCAUGCCCCAGGGGUGCCCCGGAUCCUGGUGGGAAACAGACUUCACCUGGCCUUCAAACGACAGGUGCCCACAGAGCAGGCGCGGGCGUACGCUGAGAAGAACUGCAUGACGUUCUUUGAGGUCAGCCCACUGUGCAACUUCAACGUCAUCGAGUCCUUCACAGAGCUGUCCCGUAUCGUCCUCAUGCGGCACGGCAUGGAGAAGAUCUGGAGGCCCAACCGAGUGUUCAGCCUGCAGGACCUGUGCUGCCGAGCCAUCGUUUCCUGCACCCCCGUGCACCUCAUCGACAAGCUGCCGCUGCCCGUCACCAUCAAGAGCCACCUGAAAUCCUUCUCCAUGGCCAAUGGGAUGAACGCGGUGAUGAUGCACGGCCGCUCCUACUCCCUGGCCAGCAGCGGGGGAGGCAGCAGCAGCAAAGGCAACAGCCUGAAGAGAUCCAAAUCCAUUCGGCCGCCCCAGAGCCCCCCCCAGAACUGCUCACGCAACAACUGCAAGAUCUCUUAGCAGGACGGGCGCCGUGAGCUCCGUGUGCUCCCGCACACCCAUGUACAGAUGUUUGCACACUGCACCCUUUCCAAGGAUCCUUUAGGAUGGGCCUCGGCUGCUUUCCCCGCGCUGCACGCAGGCAUCAGGGAUGUGCUCUGCUUUGGCCCCGGGUGUGAAGCGUGCUGCUGGCUGCAGGGGGGAGAGGACUCUGCCAGGUGACCCUCUGGGAAUGCUUUGGGCUUCACCUCUCGGCCUGGGGUGGAAAAUUCAGCAGCUGCCGGGUUGGGGAAGGGGAGAGAAAGGGGGGGAAAAAAAGCUCAUCCCGUUUUGAUGGAGAAAUGGAUUUAAUGGCAGAUUGAGAGGCUUAAGGGAGUAGGCAAGGAGAAUCUGUGCUGCGGCUUUAACUCUUGGAGUCCUGAGCGAAUUGCUGGUGCAAUAGUGGCUGUUGGAUGUAGUUGAGGAAUUAAAAAACAAAGCUAAAAAAGAGAAGGGAGGGGGGGGAGAGGGAAAUAAGUGACCGUUUUCACCAAGAUGUUAACCUGCUGUUGCCAAAAAAAAAGAAAGCUGAACUGAAAAAGGCAGGAGUUGGCCAUGAGGAGGCUGAAGGAAGCAGUCUGCUUGCCUUCUGCCUUUCUUUAUGUAAAUAUUAUACAUAUAUAUAUAUUAUAUAUAUAUAUAUAUCACUUGUUUUGUAAGGUGUUUUUUUUAAGAAGCAGUCAGGGAAAAUUUUAUGCAGCCAUGUAAAUAAAGCAGGGGAUUAAUUUAACCAGUGGCAGCCAGAGGGGCAAAGUGGAGGACGUGAAGAUGAGAGUACACAAAUGCUGUGAGGGACUCUGACCCACCUCAUGGGUCGAUAGGAGGUUUUUUGAAUGCUGCAUAUACAGAAGGAAGGAACCAUCGGUGCAUUCCAGACCCCCCAAGCUGCUUUACUUUGAUCAUUCCAUGAAGUGUGAGCGCCGGGGGCAGGCUGGGGUCGAAGCAGAGCUGAGGGGCAGAGCGGAGAGGCGGAGGUGUGGGGUUGAUGCGAGGCAGCGGCGGCUCCAAGCCCCGCAGGUGCCUCAUUCAGCACGAGGACGCAGAGCCAGCAGGGACCGAGGAGCCGAGUCCAGAGCAGAGGGAAGACGUGGACCGUCCUGCGUCAGUGCAAGUCUCUGCCAUCCCUUCCGGAGCCCCACCUCCGCCGUGCCGCGCUCUGUGCGCUCCUGGAUCCUCGCACUGCCACCCCGUGUCGGCCCCGCGCCCUGGCCUCCUGCUCUGCUUUCCCGAAGGCAUCCCGCCGAGCUCCGGCUCCUCCUGGAUGAAGGUGGGAAGGGACCGAGCGGCUUUUCCUGCUGGAGCGUGAAGGAGCUGGAGCGGGGCUGCAUGUCCCGUGGGGGUGGUGCUCAGCUCAGGGCUGCGGCAGGAAACAGGAGGGAGCCCAGGGCUCAGCGGUGCGGGACUGCGGCGGUGCUUUGGAGGACGCGUGCUGCACUGAGAUGUGCGGGGUGUGGGGGAUGUCAAGCAAGGGCCUGCGCGUCUGCGGCUUCAUCCCACGGCAGCGUCUUGUUUGUGCUGCCGGUUCACCUGGAGACUGAAACGCUGCCAGGCUGGGGGCUGGCAGCGUUACUGAGCGGUGCCAAUGGAUUCCCUGGGACAGCCACGCCGCGAGCACUGGGAGCCAUCCGCGUGCAGCAGAGCAGCGCUGCUGUCUCUGUCCCGCAGCCAGCGGCUCGGGGCCCCUCUCGCACUGCGGGGCAGGAUGAAGCCGCAGCGAUGCUGCCGAGCUGAUGCCCCUCGGUGCACGCAGCCCCCUGCAAAACAAAGCCUGGUGCCGGGGGGGGGGGGCGUUCAGGGCUUGGCCCUGGCACGCUUUAUUGCCCGGCUCAAAUGAGCGAGGAGAGAAUUCAAGCCCUUGCCGAGGCGAGGAGAAGAAUCCUUUGUAGUGCUGAUUUGGCUCGAGAGCAAAGCAGCGCCGAUUUCGGCACGGAGUCCGAGGGAUUUCCAGAACCUGUCUGAGACGGCCGGCACCUGUUCGCCAUCACUUAACACAAGGCAGAAGACAAUCGCUGGCUCUGCAGCCUGGCAGGCUGGGGACAUACAGCCGACAGGUGACGCACCGGCGCUGAGAGGGGCGCUCGUGGCCGCCUCCUGCCUGCAGGCACCCGGGAUCCCUGCCCUCACACACCUCUGCUCGGUUCUGCUUCGGUCCCUGUGCCGCCUCCUGCUCCUUUUGCCCGAAGCUGAUGUUCUUUUUGUUCCUGUAAGUCGAGAAGAUCCCAUCUGGAAGGAGAAGGGAAGAUGGACCCGGAGUGUUUGUUCGGCCGUUUAUUGUUAUUGUUUUUUAAUUUAAAAGGAAAAGAGGUUCUUGCAUCUGAUGUCAACACUAGUCUGUAGCUGCUCCCCACCACUUGUACCAUUCCUGAGGGGUUUUUUUGGACUGUCCUUUUAUUUUUGUAUUCCUUUGUACAGUCAGUCAGUGUUGUUCAACUGAUUAUACAUGGGUUUGUUUUGUAUAAAUUAAAGCCUUUUUUUGUUUUGAACUGCCAA